AUGGAAGCCGUGGCAAAAACCUUUAGGCAACUCUGGAGAUCCACUGAGGGUUUUAAGUUGAGGAAACUUGAUGACCAUUUGGUCUUGUUUGUGUUCAAGAAAAAAGGAGACCUGGACCGGGUUCUUCAGAGUGAACCUUGGUCUUUUGAUAAAAAUCUAGUGGUCUUGCAACGUUAUGACCAAGAUGUUCCAGUUAAGGAUCUAAAGUUUGAUCGGGCUAUGUUCUGGGUCCAAGUUCACGACAUUCCGAUCCGAUAUAUGUCUAGAGAAGUUGCUGAAUCUAUUUGUGAGUCGGUUGGUGUUGUUUGUUGCUCAAAUGCAGGGGUGGAGGCGGAUGGUGGUAGAUUCAUAUGGGUUAGAGUGAGCCUGGAUAUCUCCCUACCCCUUUGCUAUGGACGGUUGAUUACAUUAGAUAACGGAAAAAAGUAUUGGGUUAGCUUUAAAUAUGAACGUCUCCCCAAUAUAUGUUACUGGUGUGGUAGGUUGGACCAUAACAAUAAGGAUUGUGCUCUAUGGAUUCAGAGCAAAGGCUCUCUUACAGAGGAGAAUAGGCAAUACAACCAAACGUUGAGAGCUUCUCCAUAUAGGCCCCAAAAGUCCGUGAUUUUUGUCCCGGGUUUUUAUGACCUAGGAAGAGUUUCGGUGAGCCUACGGACGAUUAGGUGA